AUGAGUAACAAUAGCGACGGGGUGAGAGAAGAUGGUAUGGUGUUGAAAAAGGGGCCAUGGACGGCGACGGAGGAUGCGUUGUUGGCGGAAUAUGUGAAGACUAACGGUGAAGGAAACUGGAAUUCGAUACACAAGAACACCAGGUUGGCCCGAUGUGGGAAGAGUUGUAGGCUUAGAUGGGCUAAUCAUUUAAGACCUAACUUGAAGAAAGUAGCUUUUUCUCCACAAGAAGAAAGGAUGAUUAUUAAGUUACAUGCUAAGAUGGGAAAUAAAUGGGUUAAAAUGGCUACUCAGCUUCCGGGAAGAACUGACAAUGAAAUCAAGAAUUAUUGGAACACAAGAGUUAAGAGAAGGCAACGCCAAGGCCUUCCUCUUUACCCGCCUGAUAUUCAUCCCACUAUUCUCAGUACCCCCACCACCUUCACCUCCAUCACCACUUGCAGUCGCGGAUGCUACUCCCUGCUCCUCUUCCCAGCACCUCCACCACCGCAACCUCCUGUUCUCCUUCCAAACUCCCAUCAUGUCUCUCUACACCUCAAUGAUGCCCUCAUCACUUCACCCUCUUCACAUCCCUCAUAG